AUGCUCCACUAUCAUCAGCUCGUAUCAACACCACAACACUCUCAACAACAGUAUCAAACCACUCGUCAACGAUUCCUCACCAUGUCCAAUGAGUUUGGUUGGCACAGCGUCAAUUGGUUUGAUUUCUUCAGCAAUCCAGAACAUGUUUUACCCAAAGGAUUACUUUCAUGUUCCGCUGCUCUUCCCAUCACACAAGAAGCUCAACAACAACCAUCGAUGCAUCAAGCCUUGAAUUCACAGAAUCAUACAUCAACAGCUAUGAGUAGUGAUCAUGCUUGUGGUUAUCAUGAUGAUAGUCAUGACCAUUCUCGCAGCACACUCUCUUCGAGAAGAAAAUCUCUUGGAAUCAAACGUAGAGAUUCAUGUUUGAAUUCAACUCAAGUGAUUUACAUUUCGGAUGAUGAACAUGUCGAAGAAAUAACCAAAGACAACAAUCAUAAUAGUUCACUGGUAUCAUCCUCCAUGACACAAAAUAGUUCAAAUCCUCCUAUCAAUCAAACCACCUCUACUUGUUUUCAUGAUAAUGAUGACGGUGAAGCAGAAUAUGAAUUCAAAGAAGAAGAAUCAGAGAAUGAAGAUCCUGAAAUUUAUGAAAUUGAAAAGAUUUUAAAGAAAAGAAUCCGUAAUGCAAAACCUGAAUAUUAUGUGAAAUGGGUUGGAUAUCCAACUUGUGAUAAUAGUUGGGUCAAAAAGAGUGAUAUUUUCGAUGAGGAAUGUAUUAAGGAAUUUGAAGAAUCACUGGCAAGUCAACAAGCCAUUGAUUUGUGUGAAGAUAGUGAUGAAGAAGAGAGUGCUGAUAGUAGCAGUGAUCAUGCUGAUAGUGGUAUUGAAUUUGAUGAAGAAGAUAGUGAUUGUUUAUCCAAUGAAGACGCUAAUGAUUUCUUAUUAAGUGAUGAUGAUGAUGAGAAUGAUGGCCACAUCUCCAUGACUGGAAAGAAAACCAAUAAGGCUCCAAAAUUAGAUGUUAUUGACCUUUCUGACAUGACUCCCAAAAAGAAAUUCAAUCGAUCCACGCCAAAAGCUCCAAUUCAUUCAAAAUACAUAACGGACUCGAAACAGUUUAAAAAAGUGAGAGGACAACUCCUUCAAAAAUAUUAUGAUGAAUUCAACUCGGUUUGUUUUAAAAACAAGCUUCCUGCACUUAAAUUAUCAGAAGGAAAAUCAAAAGAUCUCAAAGGAAAGCCUUAUUUAUUAUGGAAUCAUCAUUUAAGGAAAACUGCUGGUUACUGUAAAUUAUUUACGUUGAAAAAGACAAAGAAUGGUAAAACAACAACAACACAGUUAGAAAAAGUAGUGGCUAUUGAAAUAUCAACGAAAGUAUGCGACUGUGAGGAGCGAUUGGUUCACACGUUAGCGCACGAAAUGUGUCAUGCUGCAAGUUUUUUAUUUGAUGGUAUUACAGGUCAUGGAAAAACAUUUUAUUCGUAUGGAGAUUUAAUUAGGAAAUAUUAUCCUGACAUUCCAAUUACCACAUGUCAUUCUUAUUCCAUUGAUUACAAGUAUCAAUGGCAAUGUGUGGAUUGUGGUUCAAUGAUCAAUCGACAUUCAAAGUCUGUAGAUGUCUCAAAACAAUGUUGUGGAAUAUGUAAAGGUAGACUUCAAGAAGUUGGCAAGUCAACCAAAAACUCCAACAAUGCCUAUAAUAACUAUGUGAAAGAACAUUACAAAAGAUUUAAGGAGAGUCAUCCUCAUCUUAAGCAAGGAGAAAUUAUGAAACUUGUGGCUCAAGCCUAUCGAGAACAACAACAGAGAAUUUAA